AUGAGUUACAGUCAAUUCAACUUACAGCCUGUGCUCAAGCCUAUAGACAAUCUUUUUCUCGACCGUUUACGGCAAUUCACCGAUGGCGGCCGGUACAGAGAACUAAACUUGCCCAAGUUUUAUGAUUACGAGCGGGUUGACUCGUCCUCUGACGCCAUCAGCCUCAAAGUCUGGGCCGUACCAGACAAGGACGGGAAAACUGCUCGUCCUCUUUUUCGUGACAUUGAUUUUGACGCAAUUGAGUGGAAGGACGCCAAGAAGGGCGACAAUUUUGGACCCUCAUGGAAGACGUUCUGGUUCAAGAUAGAGUGGGAGAUUCCUUCUCAUUGGUUGGACAAGGGCGAAAUUGACUUUGACUGGGACUGUAGCAACGAGGGAUUGAUUUACGACUCAAAAGGAAUGCCGCUUCAGGCAUUUACUGGUGGUGAACGGAACCUUUUCAUCUUGCCUGAAAAGUUUAAGAAGGCAGGGAAACAACUUUUCUACUUGGAAAUCGCCUGUAAUGGUAUGUUUGGCAACGGUGACGGAGGUAACCCAGAUCCAAACCGCUACUUUCGCUUGAAUAGAUGUGAUUUGGUUUUGCCAGACGUUGAGGCUCGCAAGUUGUUCUGGGACUUUUGGAUUAUUGGUGAUGCUGCCAGGGAAUUGGGAGGGGGACCCCAAAAGUACCAGGCAGCAUCAGUUGCAACGAAAAUUAUGGACACAUUCAAUCCCAAUGACAGAAAAUCUAUCAAAAAGUGCAGAGAGCUUGCCAAGUCAUAUUUGGGUCCAGAUAUCGAUUCGGACGAAGUCUAUCACAAGAACCCAUUGAACAAAGUUGAUGUGUCUGCAGUAGGAAAUUGUCAUAUUGAUACUGCCUGGCUCUGGCCCUUUGCUGAGACAAGAAGAAAAAUCGUCCGCUCAUGGACUACCCAGUUGAAGUUGGCAGAUGAGUACCCAGAGUAUGUCUUUGUCGCUUCGCAAAUGCAGCAGUUCAAGUGGCUCAAACAAGACCAUCCAGAAAUCUUGAAGAAAAUCAAAGAGAAAUUUUCAACAAAUCAGUUUUUGCCUAUUGGAGGAAGUUGGGUCGAAAAUGACACAAACAUGCCGGGUGGUGAAUCCUUGAUAAGACAAUUCUUAUUGGGUCAACGUUCUAUGGUCUCUGAGUUUGGCACAUACGCUACUAUCUUUUGGUUACCAGACACGUUUGGCUAUUCAUCUCAAAUUCCUCAAAUUUGCCAAGCUGUUGGAAUUGAGAAAUUCUUGACACAGAAGCUUUCAUGGAAUAACAUCAACCAAUUUCCGCUUUCAACUUUCAAUUGGAAAGCAAUUGACGGUUCACAGGUGUUAGUUCAUAUGCCUCCUGCGAAUACUUACACAGCGUCUGCAAAUUUCGGUGAUGUUGUUAGAUCUCUGCAUCAACAUAAGAAUUUGAGAGAUGUUCCCACCGGCUUAUUGCUUUAUGGACAUGGUGAUGGAGGUGGAGGUCCCUCAGAAGAAAUGUUGGAAAAGUUAAGAAGAUGCAGAGGCUUGUCGAACACACUGGCAGCUAUCCCUACUGUGCAUGUUGGAAAUACAGUUGAGGACUUUUAUGAUGAAGUGCUAGAGAAGUCUGAACAGGGCAGCACGCUUCCAACAUGGACCGGCGAAAUCUACUUGGAGUUUCACAGAGGAACUUAUACAACACAGGCUGAUGUUAAGAAGUGGAUGAGAUUAUGUGAAAUUAAGAUGCAUGAUUUGGAAUUACUUGCUACUCAUCUCUCAAUAGGAAACCACAAGUACAAAUAUCCUACCAAAGAUAUCCAAAGUCUCUGGGAAGACAUUGCGUUGUGCCAGUUCCACGAUGUAUUGCCUGGAUCAUGUAUUGGCAUGGUUUAUUACGAUGAAGUCAAGCCGAUGUUGACAAGAGCCCUUAAAAAGUUAGAUGAACUCAUUAAAGACGCGUUAGAGCAUGUUGGAGCAGCAAGUGGUGAUUUUGUUGCUGUGAACACGUUGCCAUGGCAAAGAGUUGAGUUGGUUAAGUUACCUAAACAAGAUGUUUCUCAGUUAGACGACUCUGUUUUGUGUAUCGAGAGUGACGACCAAAGAAUCUUAGGCUAUGCUACAGAGACAGGUCUGUUCCUUCGCAAAGAAGAUAUCAAGUAUCCAGCGUCUUUGACAAAGAAGAAGGACUCGUUUAUCUUGUCCAAUAAGCUUCUUCAAGCAGAGAUUUUGUCUGAUGGUACUAUUUCUUCCCUCAUUGAUUUGAGCACUGGCAGAGAAAUCAUUGAUCCUACCGAAACAAAACAGACUACGGGCCGGGGUAACCAAUUUGUUCUUUUUGAUGACGAGCCAUUAAACUUCCCUGCUUGGGAUACCGAAGUAUACUCGCUCAACAAGUUUUCAUUCCUCACUGGAGGUGAAGUUGUCUCGGUUACGGAUCACCCAUUGGAAUCCAAAUUGGUAGUUAAACACACCAUUUCCGAGAAGUCAAGCAUUGAGACGACGAUUUCAUUGCAGGGCUUAACUGACGCAAGCCAUGUGCCUCAAAACAACUUUUUGAAGUUCUCGUGUCAUGUGGAAUGGCACGAGUUUUACAAAUUCUUGAAGGUUCAGUUCCCAACGUGUAUCAAACCGCACAAUUUGCGCUGUACGAGACACAAUUUGGUAUCACUCAGCGUCCAACCCACUAUAACACCACUUGGGAUGUCGCUAAGUUUGAAGUGUGCCACCAUAAGUUCAUGGACUUGUCUGAAUUCAACUACGGAGUUUCUGUAUUGA